UAUGUAACUAUGUAACGUGUUUUGUGUGAUUUUAGAUUCCAAUACUUACUUUCACUUCUUUUUGAACAGUCUUAUAAAAACUACAUAGUGAUUUUGCUAUUUUAUUAUUUUAUAAAUUAAGGUUAUAAAAACAUUCAUAUAUAUAUAUAUACACACACACAUAUAUAUAUAUAUAUAUACGUGAAAAUGUUUUUUAUUUUGCCAAAGUAUAUUAUUAUACCGUUAUGUGAACGAAAUAUUUCACAAAAAGUUUUUACUGCUAUAAAUAUUAAAAAAAAUUCUUUAUUGUGGAAAUGCCAAAAAUCAAGAAUACAAUAUUUUUGUAAUAAAAUAAGUACAUCUUCUUUAAAAUAUUAUAAAUCAAAUGAUUUACAACAUACUGAUUCAUUGGUCAAAAAUGAAAGUCAUAAAUUAAUGACUCUUUGGCCAGAUAUUGUUCGUGAAUUGACAGAAAAUAAUAAUCAAGAAUUACAAGAUGUUAACGAAUGGACAGCAAAGGUAUUGGAAUAUAAUGUUCCGAAAGGGGGAAGACGAAGAUCAAUAUCACUUAUUGUUGCAUAUAAAUUGUUGGCAUCUCAAGAUCAACUAACAGAAGAAAAUAUUCAUUCGGCUCGUAUUCUAGCUUGGUGUAUGGAAAUAUUGCAAGCAGUUUACAUAGUGAUGGAUGAUAUUAUAGAUCAUACAGACAUGCGACGAAAUCAACCAACUUGGCAUGUAAAAAUUGGAUUAUCUGCAGUUAAUGAUGUUUUACUUAUAGAAACAUGUAUAUACGAUCUUUUUAAAAAAUAUUUUAAAUCGAAAGAUUGUUAUAUAGAUAUUUUAAAUUUAUUUUCGAAAUAUCAUAAAAAAACAGUGCAAGGUGAAUGUCUAGAUGUAUUGAUUUCGACUGAUUGGGGAAAAAAAUCGAAUCUUGAUCUUUUUUCUAUGGACCGAUACAAUACUAUAGUAAAACAUAAAACAUCUUAUUAUUCAUUUGUACUUCCAUUCGUUCUCGCUAUGCGUUUCGCUGGGAUAACUGAUCCUGAAAUAUAUAAGCAAGCAGAAAAAAUUCUGCUAAAAAUAGGACAUCUUUUCCAAGUACGAGAUGAUUAUUUAGAUUGUUAUGCUAAGCGCGAAGUCAUAGGAAAAAGUGGAACUGACAUACAAGAAGGAAAAUGUACAUGGCUCAUUGUGGUUGCUUUGCAACGAGCUACAGCUGAACAAAAGAAAAUUUUGAAAGAAUGUUAUGGAAUAGCUGAUGAAGAAAAAAUAAAACGUGUGAAAGAAAUUUAUGAAGAGAUUGGCAUAUCAAAUAUCUAUAUGGAUUACGAAGAAGAAACGCAUAAUUUAUUGAAUACAUAUACACAGCAAUUAUCUUCGAAACUUCCGACUGAAUACUUUUUAUAUUUACUCAGUACAUCAUGCAGUAAAGUAGGACGAAAAAAUUAAUCAAAAAUAAUAAAUUAAAAUAAUAAAUUAUAAUAAAAAAGUAAGAAGAUAAAUUUAUUAAUUAUUAAAUAAUAUUAAUUAUUAAAUAA